AUGAUGAGAAAUACUAUUAGAACUGCAGUAUCCUCAGUUGCAUACUUGAGAAACUUAUUUGAUGAAGAAGCAUUUGAAGACAAAAAUGUUUCUGGCUUACAGCUCAAAGUUUUGAGACCUUUCAAUCAUGAGUCAAAAUUAAUCUUGAACUGGUUGGAAGAUGGAGUAUUUGACGCUUUAGAAAAACAGUACUUAAAGUUACUCGUUUUUGGAAUACAUGGUGAGUGUGAUGAGCUCAUUGAAAGCUAUCACUUUCACUUUAAUUAUUCUGAAGGAGGAACAAAUAUUAAUUUAAAACGUAAAUCAAAGGAUCAAGAAUUGUCCAAUUCACAGGAAAUCAAUAGUUAUGGGUGUUGUACAAAGGAAUACGCAAGGCAACAGACCGUUCAAUUAUUACGUGCGUUAAUAUUGCUAACACAAUCACUAUCCCCACUACCUGAAUCAAGAUAUAUGUCUAUGAAGCUUUGGUAUUAUGAGGAUCGUGUUCCAAGCGAUUAUGAGCCAAAUCAUUUUAGGCCAGCAAGGUCAUCUGAUAUAUUGUCAUUCAAUGAAAUUCCUAUUGAUACUGUGGUUGGAAAUGUUGACACCAAAUUCCAUACCUUAUCUGUAAAAGUUAAAAGUGCUGUUGAGAAUUACAAUGACAAUUCAGAACUAAAUUUAUGUGAGAACAUCAAUACAAAUCAAACAAAAAAAAAAGAGAAAAUGACAGAAAAACAAGAAUCACUAAAAAACAUAACUUCAAGUAAUGAUAAAAUCAAUCAAAGAACCGAUGAUGAAUUAACAACUGGCUCAUCACUGGACCCUGAAGAAAUAAAAGUAGAGAAUGUUUUUGCAAACUCAAACAAUUCACCUACUGAUGAUAGAACUAUUAAAACAAUAAAUUCAGCUGAGCUACUUGAGAAGGCUACCGAAGUAGUGAAAUUUCUUAAAUUUGUAAACAAAGGGAAUCUUGCAAUGGCACUCGAUAUUGAAAAAGAGAGAGCAAGUAAUCUCAUCGAAAUAUUAUUAGAUAAUGGCCAUUUACUAGACAAAGUUGUAAGAGGCAAAGGUUAUCCCGUACCUGAAAGAGAAACUGGUGAAAGAAGAGUUAAAAACAAAGGCAUUUGCAAAAAGAAGAUAAAUAUGAGAAAAGGGAAAAAGUAA